AUGGGGACGGUGAUUUUAUAGAGGCGGUACUUUUGCGUCUGCAGUAUAAUACUGUAUAGGGGCAGGGACGGGCAGGAAUUUCAAGAGCUGCCCCUGAUGACAUAGACCCCUACGUCACUAGCCUGUUGUUGUUUGUGUGCGUUCGCGUAUGUGUGAGUACGGGGUAUCCCAGAAUUGACUAUGUACUUCAAUGACAUCGGGCAAAUUAAAAAAAGAAAAACUGACAGAAUUAUGUUUAUUAUUACAUAACUAUGAUACCAAAGGAAAUAGAUUUAUAAAUCUUACGUCCCCCUAUCUACCCUCACAUCUCCCCCUCCCCAUUAUGCCAAGAUCUUGCAUAUCAUCCCCCUACCUUAUGAUCUAUCCUCCUUCAUGAGUCACAGCCAUCUCUCUCACCUUACCUUCUCUCCCCGCUGACAGAAAAUUUCGGAUGCGAAUGAAAAAACUAGAUCAAAAUUUCCCACAUGUGCCCCGUCUGUAUCCCUACAAAUUUCAAAUCUAUCCUUAGCUUUGCGAAACACAUUUUGAAACAUUCCAGGAGUUAUCUCCGGCACUGCAGACUAAAUGUGUUUUUUAAGUUCUGCUAAAUUGUUGUUUCACCCACUGGAUGAAGGCGGAGAAAAUGAUUGCAGCCAAAUUGCAAAAGAAAAAGAAAUGUGGGCAGUUAAGUAGGAUCCAAUAAAAAUAAAGAUAAUAAAAUUAUAAACAAAAUAAGAAAAUUUAUGCACUUUUAACACGUAUGUAUGAUAAGCAUAAAUAAAAGUGAGGUUUUAAAAAGAUUGUCCAAUUUCACUGAAGUAGAUCAUUAAUUUGGGGACACUAUAUUUCUUUAUCUUGUUUCUAGUCACAAGUAAUUUCUUUAUUUUGUUUCUAGUCACAAGUGUCACACAUACACACGCAGAUAUGUCGGCGUACAUUCAUUAGCACGCUCAUUCUUAUGGAGCCAACAAAAAGCAUUUUUGUAGUAGGUGGACCGGCUAGAAAUAGCAGCCAAAUAUCCAUCAACUAACAUUGUUCUGACUUAAAGAGGAAGAGCAUAAUGGAUAAUGUAGUCCUAGAUACUUAAGCUUGGAGACAAAAGAAAGAAAACGAGUUGAAUAUAGCUGGUGUCUGUUCCAUCCUAAAUCUCCUCAUUCACAGCUGAUUUGGAGGAGCUGAAGUUUCUUUAUUUUAUCAAUAGAAAUCCAGAGGAUUUAUUCGACAUAUCCCCUUCGAUGCAUACCAGCGUUUCGUGAAAUUACACAGUUGGCUUUUCUUCAACUCCAAGAUGCCUCCCAUCAAAACCAUUGUGGAACCCAUCCUCUUUUUGUACAUGUUCACACAAUUUAUGAAUGCAGCAGUAUUUCAAAGUUUAUUUUACAGUCGAAUAUGUUUAAAAAAUUUCAAUGCAUCUAUAUGUUCCGUCCUGGGCAAUGGGUCAUUUACUUCAGAAGAAAACUAUGUACAAGGACAAACUUCAAAUUGGAUUUUAUACUGCAACGUUGUACUUCUAAUUCCUUCUACAUUUGUUAGUUUCUUCUUUGGUCCAUUUAGUGAUAAAGUUAGUCGCAAAAUUGUUAUCAUUCUUCCUAUUAUAGGAAACGUAUUGUUGUUUUGUGUGUGUGCAUUAGUUUCUUACUUAGAAAAUGUACCCAUAGCAUAUAUACUUUUGGGUUAUUUUCUCUCUGGGCUUUUGGGAGGCUACAUUGGGAUGCUGAUGGCUAUUUUAAGCUAUGCCACUCAUGUCACAGAUAUUAAAUUCCGUACUAUUCGCAUUGGAAUUGUUGAGUCUAUGAUAUUUUUUUCUGGAACCAUAGGUGUAUUUCUGUCUGGAAUCCUUUUAAAAUAUAUUGGCUUUGUUUGGAUCUAUGUACUAAUGGCUGGCUGUUGUAUUGUUGCUUUAAUUUAUUGCAUCAUUGUCAUCGAAGAUAUAAACACUAGUGGAGAAUCUUUCUCCAAAAAUUUGUUAACAAUUUUCAAAAUUCAACACUUUAAAGAUUUAAUAUCAUUUAUCACUAAACCAAGGAACUCAAAUGUACGGAUUGUUUUGUUCCUGUCAGUUGUUAUUAUUGGAGUUAUGAUGUUCUUGAUAAUGGGUGAAAAUGACAUCAAUCUGUUGUAUCUGCGGCACUCUCCAAUCUCAGCAACUAUAACUGAAGUAGGAUAUUUUUCAGCACUUGAGAGCGCUGUUCGAGGAGUAUCUUUGAUAGUUUUUCUCCCAUUGUUAAAGAAAUUUUUGAACCCAAAUGACUUCUUCUUAUGCAUUGCUGGUUUGAUUUCAAGAGCAGCUUCUUCAGUUACUUUAGCAUUAGUUCGAGUCAAAAGUGUUAUAUAUUUUGUUCCAUUUAUUAGCCUUUUCAUAGGAUUUUCCUCUGUAGCAAUGCGAGGAGUAUGUUCAUCAUUUGUAUUGAAAGAAGAGCAAGGAAAACUAUUUACCAUCAUAUCUUGUCUACAAAAUAUCACAUCUUUGAUUGCUUCUAUAACUUUUAAUGAAAUAUACAGUGCUACAGUCGCAAUUGAUCCAGGAAUUUGCUACUACGGGUCUGCUGGAAUAAGUAUCACGCUGGUUUGCCUCUCUUUGUUUCUGUGGAGACGACAUAAUAUGAUAAAGAGCUACGUAUUACUUCAAGAAUCUGAAAUCCCUGCCCCUGGGGAAACAUAACCAGUCUAUGUUUAAUUUUUAUGAUUUUCAAAAGUGGUGUGAGAUGAAAGAGCCUGAAGUUAUAGUGAUUUGUUACUCAUACACACAAUUUUAUAUUAUAAAAAAGCCGAUCUCCAUCUGCCCAUCUAUCACAACAUCUAUUAGAGGGAGGGAAGAAGGGUAGAAGAAAAAGCUGUUGAGAGAGAAAUACAGAGAGUGAAUGAUAGAUAGCUAGAUAGGGAGUGUUAUCACCAUAUUAACAAGUUUUGAUUAAAAUUCUGGAAAUUUUGAGUGCAAGUCUGUCAACACAAAGCAACAGACUUCAGAAAAAUAACUAUAUUUAGUUAUUUUCUUGGUUGGUUGUGUGUGUGUAUUUAUGUAUGUCUUUCAACAUAUAGACAAUGCAACAGAUUUUUUAAAAAGCUUCACUACAAUGAUAGGUUGUUGAGAGAAAGAAAUAGUGUGUGUGUGUGUGAAAGUUAGUAUUAAAAUUUAAUUCAAAACAACAAAAAAACAAAACAGGUUGUUGAGCAUACCAAUGUGAUCAUUGCAGCAGGCUUUUGCUGAAGGUAGCAAAGUGACAAAUAACAACUAAACUGUAUAUAACAGUGUGAUUGGAAAAAGUAAGUCUGUCAUUUAAUUUCGAACAACUUUCUUUAAAAACUGUUUUUCUUUUUCUUAAACUAGCUUUGGAAACCUAACCGGUGCCAAAAUUUCUCAUUAUUUUUAUAUAAUGUAUAGUGCUGUAUAUAGAACAUGGCAUAUAACCAAUGUUUAGAAUUACAUGUCAUUUUUCAUAUCUAUCUAUUGAUAUUCCAAGCAAUAAAUAAACAAGAAUGGCAAUAGGUUUUUAUAUUUCUUCAGUACAUUCUUAUACAUAUUUCACAAAAAUGAAAAUGUCCAUUAUUAAAUGUAUUAUCUUACAAUCAGAUUACAUCAUGCAGUCAUCAGAGUUUAUGUAACGAAUGAAAAAUUGGCCUUAAUAUUUUAUAACAGCUCACCUGAUACGUGGUUUCAACGGAAUCUUUUAGGACUAGGAUCAGGAGGGACAUAACUCAAUAACAUUGAAUGGU